CCUGCCCCGGUCCGAGGACGCUCUGCGGAGGCUGCUCCGAACCGCUGCUGGGCGACGCUCCCGGGCGAGGCAGGUCCAUCAUGAGCAAAGAAUGGGACUCAAACUCUUCAGAAAACUGGAAUCACAUCUGGAGUGUCAAUGACACACAGCAUCAUCUGGUCUCAGACAUUAACAUUACUUAUGUGAGCUACUAUCUGCACCAGCCUCAAGUGGCAGCGAUCUUCAUUAUUUCCUACUUUGUGAUCUUUUUCCUGUGCAUGGUGGGAAACAUCAUGGUUUGCUUUAUCGUAGCAAGGAACAAACAUAUGCACACAGUCACUAAUCUUUUCAUCUUAAACCUGGCAAUAAGUGAUUUACUAGUUGGCAUAUUCUGCAUGCCUAUAACACUGCUGGACAAUAUCAUAGCAGGAUGGCCGUUUGGAAGUACAAUGUGCAAGACCAGUGGGUUGGUCCAGGGAAUAUCAGUCGCAGCUUCAGUCUUUACUUUAGUUGCAAUAGCGGUGGAUAGAUUCCGCUGUGUGGUCUACCCUUUUAAACCCAAGCUCACCAUUCAGACGGCAUCUGUCAUCAUUGUGAUCAUCUGGGUCCUGGCCGUCACCAUCAUGUUGCCAUCUGCCGCAAUGUUACACACACAAGAAGAAAAAUACUACCGUGUGAGGCUCCACUCCCAGAAUAAAAGCAGCCCAGUCUACUGGUGCCGGGAAGACUGGCCCAAUCAGGAAAUGAGGAAGAUCUACACCACCGUGCUGUUCACCACCGUUUACAUGGCUCCUCUGGCCCUCAUUGUGGUCAUGUAUGGUAGGAUUGGGAUUUCACUCUUCAGGACCGCAGUUCCCCACACCAGCAAGCGGAACCAGGAGCAGUGGCACACGGUGUCUAAGAAGAAACAGAAGGUCAUUAAGAUGCUCCUGAUGGUGGCUCUACUUUUCAUGUUCUCCUGGCUGCCGCUAUGGACUCUGAUGAUGCUCUCAGACUAUGCUGACCUUUCUUCCAAUGAGCUGCGAGUCAUUAACAUCUACAUCUACCCUUUUGCACACUGGAUGGCCUUCUGUAACAGCAGUGUCAACCCCAUCAUUUACGGUUUCUUCAAUGAGAACUUUCACCGUGGCUUCCAAGAUGCUUUUCAGCUCCAGAUCUGCCGAAACAGAGCAAAUCUCAAGGAAGCAUAUGCUCUAAGAGCUGCAAACAAUGUGGUCAUAAACACAUCUAUUCAGCUUGCCCAACAGUCUGCACUGCAGAACCCACAUGCAGAGAGUUUGCUCUCUAGAAAAAAUACUGAAGACACCAGGCAGGAAUUAAUGAGGGAAGACUUAGGAGAAGCUACUGAUAGUAAUGAGAUCAGAAAAGACACGGUGUGAUGAUCCCACCCCUACCGUGGGUUAUGUGUACCAUAGCCUUCUGUGACUCUGUACUUCAGUUCUGUCUGGUGUUCUACACAAACCAUUUACUGAAAGCCCUCUCUGGCAAAAUUUCAAUAGUAAACAAAACUGGUCUUAUUAUCAGACAAUCAGUCUUAGGAUGUGCAAAACACUCUCCAUUUCUAAGAGUACUUCUCAAAGCCUGAACUUUCCCAGCUGAGCCUUUUUAAAUGAAAGUCAAAGGAAUCAAGCACAUAUGUGUUUUUUUGUGUGUAUCUUGUAAAUAUGUGUGGCACAAACACCCACAUUUCCCAAAUGGUGAGAGGUAGGCAGCACUUUGCAUGUCAGUCCAUUCUGCUAAUUCUCUCUUUGGGUUUGGAUUUGAAACUUGGACUAGAGUUUACUGAUCUGCUUGUGUUUCUGUGUGUACUUAACUUCCUAAGAAAUGUAUCAGAUCACAUAAAGUUCUUUGCUACCACUUUUCUCAUCUUUAUCAGAUUAUUUGGCUUCAUUUAGAAAAAAGAAAUUGCAGGUCUUUGGGUAUCUGUGUCAUAGGUGACUUCACCUAAUGUGUUAGAACUCCAGUACCAAAGAAAGGGACACAUAUUUCACUAUAAAGAUUUUUUUAUUUUAAAGAGGAUUAAAUUGUGCAGUGCAUCAAUUGUUCCAUAAAAGUUACUGCUGGGUUUUUAAUAUUUUCAUGGUUUGUGCUCUAGCUGAGUGCACAUCCAUUACAGAACUGAUUCAGAACCUCAACUCAACCUCCUUCUAACAGAAUCAACAACAUAAAGAAACAGAUACUUUAAUAAUGCAGCAGCUGGCAGAAGAAUAGUACUUCUUUAACAUGCUUAAUCAGACAUGUUUAACUGUCAUCAUAAAACUCCCAUAAUGUACAGAAAGAACAAGAAUAAUUAUCCCAAGUUUCCUUCUGGGUACAACAUUUAAAUUAAGCACCCAAGUUUAAUAAAUUAGUACUGUGGUUACAAAGAAAUCUGUCAACCCUGGAUUCUGCUACUCUACAAUUAUGUGAUAAUAACCAUUGUAAAUGCUACUUUCAUGUGGGGUGAGAUAGGCCCCCAGGAAAUUGGGAAUUAUAACAAAGUAAUUUGUUUGGCAAAUAAGAAUAAAUCUAUGGGCAUGAAACUA